AUGAUAUUUCCUCUAAACUCAAGCCUGGGAGACAGUCAGUCCUGUUUCCCAUCAAUCAAUACAUCUUGCCUAAAGUACAGUUACGUAGGAAAUAUUGCAAUAGUAAUGUAUAUCUUCAUGAUUGGCUCCACGCUCAUUACAGUUGGUGGAAAUCUGAUUGUUAUUAUCUCAAUCUCACACUUCAAAUGUCUCCACUCACCAACCAAUUUUUUAAUUUGUUCGCUGGCUUUUGCAGAUUUUCUUUUAGGGUUUCUUGUCAUGCCUUAUAGCAUAAUAAGGUCUAUAACAAAUUGUUGGUAUUUUGGAAAUUUACUUUGCAAAAUGCACUCUAGUGUUGAUGGAUCUCUCUCCAUUGUAUCUGCCUUUCACCUCUUCUUCAUUUCUGUUGAUCGUUACUAUGCUGUAUGUCACCCUCUGCACUACUCCAUCAAAAUAACCUUUUCAGUUACAAUGAUGUUUAUUGGGCUAAGCUGGACCAUGCCAAUUAUUUGUGUAUUUUCCUUAACUUUCUCAGAUGUAAAUUUAGUGGGAAUUGAAGAAUAUGCUAUCUCAAUUUCUUGUGAAGGUUUUUGUAGUGUUGUGUUUAAUAAAGUUUUGGGAGUUACAACCUUUGUUGUAGCAUAUUUAAUUCCUUGUACUGUAAUGACAGUUAUGUAUGUCAACAUUUUUAUUGUAGCAAAACAUCAUGCUCAGAUUAUUAAUAUGUCAGACAAAUCCAAUCCAUUAGAAAUGGGACACAAAAUUUCCAGUGUCAAAGAAAGAAAAGCAGCGAAGACAUUAGGUAUCAUUAUGACUACAUUUGUGCUCUGCUGGACUCCUCUUUAUUCUACUUUUGCCAUUGAUCCUUUCCUUAAUUAUACUAUACCAGCAUAUGUAUAUGAUGUCUUAGUAUGGAUAGCAUAUGUAAAUUCUGCACUUGACCCCAUAAUUUAUGGUUUCUACUAUUUAUGGUUCAGAAAAGCCCUUGUUAUUCUUUUGUCAGGUAAAAUAUUUCAUCCCAGCUCUUCUGAAAUAAUAAUUAUUUCAUAA